UGUUCAACUGCUGAAAUUCUCAAGCCGCACCUUAUUCUCCGAGGUGCCUUAUCUGCGGUUUGCUCCACGUACCAAGCUCUGCUUGGAUUCCGCGCAGUAUUGUUGCUUGCGCACUCGCAAGCCAAUCUUAGCCACCUCAGUAACGCGUGCCUGUAACAUUCUCUGAAACCACCAUUCCGAGGCGCUCCUAGCGUUUUUCCUCGACCCCGCAGCUUUCAAACCUACCGCCAGUCAUGACGGCCGCGCCAAAUGCCUCCUCGCCGUCGCGCUGCUCCUCUCAUCACGUGGCAAUGCCUCGCCGUCAAAUGACCGCCCGCCCCCCAGUCCACGUCACUCUACAUCGUGCGCCUGCGCUCCGCCCUUCCGCUCGCCGCAUAUCGUGGCGGCAUCGCGAGCUUCUCAGGAUGGACGGAAGCGACGACGACGAUCAUGCCACCGUCAGCUCUGCCGGUCCGUCAGGCCUGCGGGCGACGGACGCGACGGUGGCGUACGAGACGGCGGCGCUGGGCGGCAGCGUUCCGCGGCGCGCGCGGCUGAGUUUGGAAAAUCCGCAGCUCAAGGCAUACGCGGCCAUGCUCGAGACGCAGCAGACGCGGGUCGCGUCUGACGUGGGCGUCGCGGCAGACAGCGUCGUGUACAGCUACAAGCACGCGAGCCACGGGUUCGCAGCAACCCUGUCUCUGCAGCAGGUGCGGCGCCUGCAACGGCACGCAGCCGUGGCGGCGGUGGAGCGCAGCCACACCGCGUUCAAGAAAGCAAACGGCAUGCCGGAUCUAACCUCGGACUGGCUGUCACCACGGGAUUCCGCCGCCAUGGCUCGUGGUGUGCCAGCGCAGCAGCGGGCAACAAGGACAUUCCGAUGGAGGGCGCAAAAGCCAGCGGCAUGGCGCCAGCAGCGCGCGUGGCGAUGUACAAGCCACAUGCCGUACCUUGCUGCUAACCUGGCGGGGGUGUUUGUGACAUAUGCAGCGGGGAACUCGGGGUCACCUGGCAGCGGGGGCUCAAACGACUACCGCUCGCUCGACAACUUUCUCGCCCUUCUCACUCACCGUCGGCGCCAGCUCCAUUGCCCGUGGCGGUGUAACCCUAAAGGCCACAGCAAGCAGCAGCCACAGCUCUCGGCAACUCAUCCACUGCCACCCCUGCAGCCACCCCUGUCCCCUGGAUUGCCGAUUUCUCCUCCACCGGACCCCGUGGCCGGCACGAGCGUGGGCGACAAGGGGACGGAUGCGCAGCUGUCAGGGACGUCGAUGGCGACGCCUCACCUGGCGGGCAUUGCUGCUCUCAUCAUGCAGAAGUACCCCUCGUGGAGCCCCGCGCAGGUCAUGUCCGCCAUUAUGACAACUGCCAGGACCACCGAUACCAGUGGGGCUCCUAUUCAGACUGCGUACGGAGAGGCCGCUACUCCAUGGGACAUGGGCGCCGGCCAUGUGCUCCCUGCAAAGGUGCUGGGAUCCUGGGCUUACCUACGAUGCACGGGCAGCGGCUUACCGGAAUUUCCUUGCUGGGCAGAGUCUGAAGCGUGCGCAGAAAGAGUUUCCGAGCGCUAAGCUUAUGAAGACAGCUCCCCGCAUGCUGAACCGGCCAAGCAUCUCAAUCUCGCGACUGAAAGGGACGCUUACUGCAACCAGGAUGGUUACAAGCGUUGCAGCCUCAAAAAGCACGUACACAGCAAAUAUCAAACCCCCUACUGGCGUGUCAGUUACUGUGUCACCAACCAGCUUCACCAUUUCUCCUGGUGAAAAGCUUACAUAUACUGUGACCUUCACGGUAACCAAGAUAUCCGAAUACUUCCAGUUUGGAAGCCUAACUUGGGUGGAUGAUACGGGACACUCGGUAAGAUCGGUGCUUGCAAUUCAGCCGGUCAUGAAGUAACGAGUGUGUGCACUAAAUAAUAGUAGCAUCAGCCGCAUCCUGUGCGCCAAUGCUGUUAUACGAUUUGACAUCUUAUUCAGUGGAUGAAGCGGUCGGGGUUGUGUGGUGUGAUGUUUGCUGGGUUGCUUCUUUAGCAUAGCAUAGUUGGUUGCUUGAUAAUAAUGCUCUUGCAUAAAC